CGCCGAUAGCAGCCUACUCGAUUUUGGAAUAUCGAGUCUGACGUUGUUCGACCGAUCGUCGGUAACAAACACGAUGGCGGUGGUCUACCGAUGAUGUUUUCACUUGCACGGGCGUUACAAAUUUACGACGGAAAAUGAUUACCCGAUAAUUUUUACUACAAAACGACGAUAUUUUUUGAUUUUGGUUAUUGAACAGAAACAGAAGAAAAAGAUCAAAUCAAUUUUUUAUCAAUGGACUUUUCGUCGUCGUUACUAUUACACGGACUGCUGGCGUUGUUGUACUCGGCCAGAGCCACUGGGACGGGGUACGUUGAAAGUAAGUCAAUAAUACUGAUAUUAAUUUUUACUUACUAUAAAUUAAAAACAAAAAAUAAUGUGUAAAUAUACAGUGUUAGACGUGAAUAUUUUUUUUAACUAUUUAAAUAAAUAUAAUAUUACAAUAAUACCGAUAAUAUUUUGUGUAGUCGGUGCACCCGUCAUCGUUCUCUGCAAUAAAUUAGUAAUAUUUACUAUAUUACACGUAUAUAAAACAGUCCUUGUUUUUUUUUUCUUAAAUAAUAAAUAAAUUAAAAAUCCUAUGUUUUAUAUUACAAUAUACAACAGAAUUAUGAAUAGAUUCGUGUAAAUAGUAUUGAUAUUAUCGAAAUAUUUAUGGUUUAAAAAUCGAACGCGUAUGUAACGGAUACACUACGAACAGUUCGUUUGAAAAUGUUAACAAUGUAAUGCAGUCGAAGUGUAUCCGUAUAAAAUAUGCAAUGAUUGCAGUACCAUAAUAUGCAUUUUAUCAAUGUUAUACUCGCUUCGUAUUAAUUACAAAAUAUUUUUUACGUAGAAUCGAUUUAUUUUCAACUUCUAUUAAUAUACUGUAAACUUUUUCAGAACUAUAGGUGAGGUUAAUAGUGUUCCUGGCCAUUUAACACAUUUUCACCCUUGUAAAAAAUUGUUUAACCCCCCUCCCCCUCCGUCCACACACGCACAUAUAUAAAAGAUUUAUUUUAUUAUUAUUAGUCAUAAUAAUAAUAAUUAUAAUGUUUAAUAAGAAAACACUACUAAACGUAUUAUUACCUUAUAUAAAAAUUUGAAAACAAAAUUUACUUUUGUACUUUUUCGAAAUUUCACUUUUCAUGCUUUUUAGUUUAAAAUUAAUCUAUAACAUUUUCAAAGUUGAUUUUUGUAACCAUUUUACAUUUAAUCCAUAUAGUACUCAUAUUAAUUUGUUCUGUGACGUAGACCUUAACCAGUUCAUAAUAAUUUUCAUUUUACUAAAACUUUUAUCACAAGUUGCCAUUGUCACCUGUAUAGUUAAAAAUGUUCCGAGUGCAAUUUCACUAUUAUGAUAAACAUCUUUUAAAGAAUACUAUUAUGAAUACACUUUAGUAGCUCACUAAAGAAGUACCUGAAUUGAAAUUAUUUAAUAAAUUAUAAGCUUGAUUUUUAAAAAAUUCUAAUUCGGAAUACAUAUCAAAUCCAUUGAAAUCUUCUAAAUACUCCAUAACCAAAUAUUUUGACAAUUUACAAAUUUUCUGAUUUCAUAUUAAUUAAUUUAUUUCUAGUUAAUAAUCUUAAAUCUGAUACAGCUAUAGCUAUAGCUAUAACACCAAUUUUCAGUAAAAACUAACGAUAAUGACCGAGGUAUCCCUAUUUUGAGGGUUACUAAGCAGAUACUGUGGACGGGUGCGGUCACUGUUGUAGGUGAGUGGUUGGGAAGAUAGGAUACAUAAGUUAUUUCAUUUAUACCUGUAACUGACGAUAAACCAUUGAUAACAAAAAAUGAAAAACAAAAAAAUACCUACCUACAACAGUGGCUGCACGUGCCCCUAAUAUCAGCUUUUUUUUUUUUUUGACAAUAUAUAUUAUCACAUUCAAUAUUGCAUUCUCGAUCAUCAUUUAUAGUAGAUAAAUUUAAUGUACUCUUAAUUGUAUGCAUUCACUCCAAACUCUAUGUGUCUAAAAAUACUGUUUGCUUUUUUCAAAUUUGUUCACAGAUAUCUUGGAAAACGAUACCGUAUGUGGUCUUGUUAACAAUCUAAACGUAAUCAGUCUCGAAGACGAAUCGGCUUUGGUUAUCAAAACCGGGCCCACCAUCCAACGGUGGACUGGCGAACGUGAAUUCAACUGUCGUUUUAUACUUACGUCCCCGUUGGAAUUCGGCGCGUUUGCCGUCGUGCAGCGCAUGUCUUUCAGGCGUAACGCUCAAGGAGAUUGUAUCGAUUACGUUCAAGUAAUAUAACCUAACCUAACCUACAGCGAUAUUAUGUCAUUGUUAUUAUUUAUUGCGAUUUAUUCGAUAACAUGCCUAUAUUUUUUUCUGUAUUAUAUUGUAGUUUCGACACACCGAAGAAAAGAUAAGUAUCGGAGACAUUAUUAAUAUAAAGAUACGGUCACCGGAAACAUGGGGUCCCAAAAUAUGCGGAAACAUCCGGGAUCGCGAUGAUUAUCACGAUUUCGAGUUCGACAAAAAUACCCGGGACGAUGAACUGAUAAGGAAUUCAUUCAUCGACCACCGGGGCUUAAUCGAAUUCAAAAUACACCUGCGAAACAAAUCGCUAGACGAUGACGAAGAAUUGCAUUUCGAAAUUGUAUUCACACUGUACCGAGGUAUCUAUGCACAUUUCGUAUAAUGUAAUGUUAUUAAUUAUUAUUUUGCCUGUCGGCCGUUCGUAGGAAUUUAUAUCAUCAUAGAAAACGAUAUUUCUGUAUUCUGUAUUCUGCCAAGGGCGGUAAAACGGAGGAGGGGUAGUGAUGAGGAUAUAUCCCGCCAUGACUUCAUUUCUUUUCAAUAUUUAUAAAAAAAGGAAUUAUUUAAAUAAUAGUUGUUGUUAUACAAUUAUCCUUAUUCCUUAUCGAAAAUGCAUUUGAUCACCACUGUUGUUUGCGCACAGAAUGCGACGGUGAUAACGGAAUGUGGAAAAGUUGCGGUUCUAGAACUUGUAUUUACGAACGAUUUUUCCAUGAUGGGAAACUUAACUGCCCAUACAAGGACUGUAAGGACGAGAGUGGUUGUCGUCCGACGACUGCGCUUGGUGGUUAGUAUAUGAUCGAUUAUAAGUAACAUUUGCAUUUCAGUAAUAAGAGCCGGAUUAAAUAGAGGGAGGGGCUUCUAAGAAAUUGUAAUUAAUUUAGAAAACGAUUUUAUAAAAAAAUACUAUAAUAUGAUUUGUAUAAAUAGUAAUAAUUGUGUUAUCUUAGAUUGGAAAUAUUGUGCAUCAUCAUCCAUAUACUAGGCGUUCUACUAGUGAUGAUCUCUUGCUCUUCGGGCGUAAACAUUUAUUAGCGUAAAUUUUCACCUAUAGGCAGUGCUUAAAUCAAUGAAGGGGGUCUGGAGUACCUUCUAUUUUCAACAAAUAUUUUAGCGUACCCAUUCUAAUUUCGCAUUAUCGUAUACAGAAUGAUAUACAUAUAUAAACAUUUAAGGAUAUAAAAACAUCAAAGUAGGCACGUUUUUUUUACUUUUGCGUUUUUUGCCCCCUUACAUUUUUUAUAUUUUUACCCAUGGGCUAUAAUUUAUUAAAGAUCAUGUUUUUUUAUUAUUUUUUAAGCCAGUGCCGGUCUAUUCAACUCGACUGUCGGGAUUAAAAUCACGGCCGGAUUGUUGAUCGUUUUGUCUGUUUAUUUCGCGUUCUCAUGGCUGCUCGGGUGUCGUGGCCCGAGAUCUUUUCAAGUUAGCGUCCGAUCCGCGGAAAUACAAAGAGUUCAGCACUUGGAAGCGACUACAGUUCCACGAGAAUCUAGUGCAACGACCCACAGCAGUGGUGCAUGCUGUAAAGAUCGAUCGCCGCCGUUGUACGACUCAUUAUUUCCGAGCUAACGAUUGUGUGUGUUAACAUUUUAUAUAUAAUCGUAAGAAAAAAAAAACCUCAGUGACAAUUAUAAAGGGGGGGGGCGCAAGGGUAUCAAUUUGUUUAGGUGCAAACAUUUUAACGUUGGAACCCUGCUUAUACCUAUAUCGGUUCCGAAAAAAUUGCCGCAAAAUAUAGCAUUUUUUAUCCUUAUUAAACAGGUAUGCAUAAUAGAGCGUUCCUUAUUUGAGUUUUCUAAAAAUUCAAAAUUCAUCAGUGAAAAGACUAGUUCAAAAUAGCUUUUUUAUCCUGUAAUAUUUUCAGAUUUUUCAUUAUGGCGUUAAAUGGUGUCCAACGGGUGCUGUUAGAUACGGAGAUAACGGGGAUAGUUAAAUACCAGCUAGUUAAGAAGUUUUACAGAUAUACUGAGCAUAUUGACAAAUUAAAGUCUUUUACUUUAAUUAAUUUUAACUGAUACACGUAAGUUUUAAACAUUCAAAGAACAAGAAUAUUUUAAAGGAGAAAAUUAAACCAGUCAUCUAGCGCCAAAGUAAAAAUUUGAAAAAAUAACAGGAUUUUUAAAAUUAUUUUGAUUUAGUUUUUAGGAAAUAGGUCCAAAAAUAAGGAAUACCCUAAUACAUAUUUAGAUAAUUUUUUGUAUACGCUAUUUCAAAUAAACAAAAAUAUCAUGUCUAUUUUACAUGUGGAUACUUUUUUGUUGACGCUUUUAGUUGUAAAUACAAAACGAAUUUGUGUAAUGAAAAUAAUAUAUAAGUACUUAAAAAUAUAAAUUUUAUGUGUGCAUAGUGUAUAUAAUAAUAUGAACUUUUGAUUAUUUUUUAGAUUCUAAGUGGAACGAAGAAGCUUAUGGUUUUACAAAGAUGUUUAUUAUUAUUUUUUUUAUCUGUGUGCAACUUUUCUACCACAAGAAUUGCUCCGACAUUUAAAUGCAGACAUUUUUCUGAAAGAAAUUCAGUGUGGAGAGGUACUUAAAAGAGGUUAUUUUCGUUUUUCUCAAGAGUUUUCUCAUCAAAUUUGAAAAACCGAAAAAAAAAACCGGUAAAAUGUACGAAAUAUAUUACUAUAAUGUUACAUUUUUAUUUUUCUGUGCACAACUUUUCUACCAGGAAUUUUGCUCCAAUUUAUAAUAAUAGCACUUUUUCUAAAAGUAAACUUAACUGGGAAGAUACUUGAAGUGAGUCAUUUUUCGAUUUUUUCGAGAGUUUUGUCAUCAAAUACGAAAAACGUACAUUAAAUAAAUAUUAUUCCAUACAUUUAUAUUUAAUAAAUAUUAUAAUUAAUAUUAGUUUUCCAGGUAAAUGUGAAAAACCAAGAUAAAACUGGGAAAAAUGUAGGAAAACUGGAAAAUCGGUACAACAUUAAAUAAAUAUUAUUACGGAAAAUAUAGAAAACCUAUUUAAUUAUUUUACUGUAAUAUGACACGUAUAUUUUUGACAAAGCAUCACUAUCAACUAAACUCCCUUCAGAAACAUUUUUUUGUAAGCAAUGGCUUAUCGUUACUUAUAGGUAUACAAUAAAUUACCUAUAAAAGCGGCUACACCCAUCUUUAUUUUACCAGGACGUCUUUUAGAUUCCGAGCGUAGCGAGGGAGCUAUUGGUUUUACUAAGAUGUUUAUUUUUUUUUUUUCCUAGUCUGUGGACAUUUCUUAGUAAAGUAGUUCCGAUUUUUACGUGUAGCAACUUUUCUGUAAGCUCAAGUUCUCAAGUUUUAAAUAGUAUUUUAAAGAGGUCAUUUUCAAAAUUUCAUUAUUUUAUAAAAACACGAACGACGUUUUCUACCAGAGAAAAUGAUUUAAUCGAAAAAUCACAACACACUUUUUCUGUUGCCUUAUUGAUUUACUUUCUUACGGUAUCAUUGCCAAAAGUUUUUAACCACUUUUGAGUUUUUAAGGAAUUUUAAUAUUGGUAGUUUUUUUGUUGUAAUUUGGUUAUAAAUACACGCAGAGACUUGAAACUUGAUAAUAAUACCUAUAUUGGACUUACUUAGACGUGGGUAAAAUUUUCAUUAUCAUUGGACGACUUUUUUUAAAUUUUUAUACAAUGGUACUUUUUUUAUACUGUAAACCACUUUUAUACUAGAAAACUUACUCCAAUGUAUAAGUGCACCUUUUCUAAAAGUCAGUUUUAUCUAUGAUCUUUUUUUUUGAUUUUCGAAUUAGUUUUCACAAUAAUCGGGAAAAAACGUAGGAAAGCUAGGUUAAUAAAAAAUUAUGGCACUUCAAAUUAUGUAUUACUGAACUGCGCUCGGAAUCGUCUUUCGUCAAGCAAUGGUUUAUCAUUGCUUACAGAUAUAAAUAAAAUAACCUUAUGUAUCCGACCUUCCCAACUUUUCACAUACAGCAGUGGUCGCUCCCAUCCCCAGUAUCAGCUCUUUUUUUUCAUUGAAUCUCAAAAUUAUUUAGAAAUCAGUAAUAAUAGUUUUAACCAAAUUCAUUAUAAAAAUCAAUUUAGCCCUUUUUAAAAGUUGUCAUUUUUUUUUUUUUGGAAAUAACCUAAAACCGGUAGAUAAAUGUUCAUUGAUUUGAGAGAUAGAAAAUAUAAACUAUUACUAAUAUUAUUUUUUUUUUAUUUUUCUAUUGAGUUUGUUUUUAACUUUCCACGCACAGCGAUUUAGUAUUGUAAGAGAUUGAAAUAAUUAAAAUUUAUAUUUUUUUUUUUUUUACUAUUGACUAUAUUUUUAUGGGAAUGUACGUAAUGACGUAGUGGUAAUUUCGACGCGCGUUAACUGGACGCGGUCAUUUUGACGCGAGACAAUUAGGCGCAUGGCGCAAUUAUUUUUAAUUUAUUUUUCAAAAUAAAUGUAUACAUGUAAUAAUAUUUUAGAUAUUUCUAAAGAUUAAAUAUUUUAUGUUUGAUAACAAUUUAUUUUAUUUUUAUUUUAUAUAUACAUUUAUUUUGAAAAAUAAAUUAAUAAUAAUAAUUAAAAAAAAAAAAAUUCAUUGAAAUAUAUAUAGUUGCGUCAAAAUGUGCCAUGUGCCUAAUUGUCUCGCGUUGAAAUGACGCGACACCUUUUCAAAGACAGACUGUACAUAGUCUGUACACUUAUGAAAUACCUAUAUAAUUGCAUUUAACUUCUGUUAUAUGAUGUUAUUUAAUUAUAUUGUCAAUAAAUUUCGUAAAUAAUAAUUCUCUUACAAUAAUUUCACAAUAAAAAUUAUGUUGAUACUGGGGAUAGGUACGGCCACUGUUUUGGGUGGGUAGUGGAGAAGGUUGCAUAAAGUUAUUUAAUUUAUGUCUGUAAGCAACGAUAAACUAUUUCUAACGAAAAAGCAAUUCUGAGCGGAUUUAGUUGAUAUUAAUGCUUUGUCAAAUAAUAAUUUAAAUAACUGAAUAGGCUUUAUAUGUAUAUUUUCUUUGAUAAUAUUUGUUAAAUAUACUAAUUUUCCAGAUGUUCCUUUGUUUUUUUCGGUUCUACACAUUUUUCGGGAAAAUUCCUGAGAAAAUAAAAAAAUGACCUCUCUAAAAUGCCUCCUCAAACAAAUUUCCUUUUAAAAAAAUUUAGAGCAUAAUUGCUGAUAGAAAAGUUAUCCACAGGAAAAAAGAAGUCCAAAAUAUCGUUCAACUAAGUACCUACAUAUCGUUAAUUUCCCUGUUUUUCCUAUUUAUUGAGAAAAAGUCUGGGAAAAUUAAAAGAGGACAUCCUUAAAGUACCUUUCCAGUCAAAUUGCAUUUUAAAUAAUUGCUAAAAUUAUAAAUUGGAGUAAAAUUGCUGGUAGAAAAUAUUGUCCAUAAGAAAUAAAAAUCGUAAUAUUUUACUAAUAUAUAUAUUUCGUACAUUUUCCCGUUUUCCUCAGUUUUAUCGUUUUCAUAUUUGAUGAGGAAACUCGAGAGAAAAUCAAAAAUGACCUACACAAAGCGCCACUCCUAGAAAAUUUUUCUUUGAGAAAAGUCUACAUCGAAUGUAGAGGGGCAAUUUUUCUGGUAUAAUUUUUGUAUACACAGUACAAAAAAAUUAAAAAAGGAGAAGAAGAAAAAAGUAACUGAUAUUAGGGAUGGGAGCGAUCACUGCUGUAUGUGAAAAGUUGGGAAGGUCGGAUGCAUAAGGUUAUUUUAUUUAUAUCUGUAAACAAUGAUAAACUAUUGCUUGACGAAAGACGAUUCCGAGCGCAGUUCAGUAAUACAUAAUUUGAAGUGCCAUCAUUUUUUAUUAACCUAGCUUUCCUACGUUUUUCCCCGAUUAUUGUGAAAACUAAUUCGAAAAUCAAAAAUCUGAAAGUUUGACCACGUCUAAAAAAAGUAAAUGUACGUAGUGGGAUCAAAAAGUUCUCGGAGUACUUGAAUUGAGCGCCAACGCAGUGUCCAAGAGCAGUAGGAUUGAUAACACUGGAUUCUGUGACUUCUUCGGAGUACAUCUGUAUUUGUAGAUUCUCUAUAACUUUCUUUGUUUCGAUGUGACCGAUGUUUUCUUAAAAAUUUUUUUUCAAAUUUGGCGAUUUUGUAAUAAAUCUAAAAGAAAAGCUUUUGAGGAGAGAGGGAGGUGGAUGUUGGUUACAGAAGAUUAUUCUUUCGUGUUUAUGAUAACAUAAUAGUAUACAAGUGGUGAUUAUUAUUAUGAUAAAUUGUCAAAAUGUUUUUAGUGAUUAACUAUACCAAAAAGUUCCUGAUUAACCUGAACUAGGACCUUCUCGAGAAAAACUUUCACUCGGCACAUCUGCAGUUUUUCAGUUGCAAUUUGUUGGCAAAAGUCAUGUGAAACGUUGCUUCCCUCUACCAAACAAGAAUCUGUCAACAAAAGAAGGAUCGCGUUCGACAAAAAUAAUAGUUCAACUACAACAAUAAAAAAAGACACAAGUUCAUCAAUCAAAAUUUGACUCAGAAACUAUAUUAGAAUAUUAGAACAGUAACCGUUAUAAACUUUAUGACGUUUACCGUGUACAAGGACGCGCUUGUUAUCAAAAUCUCGAUUGAUUAUAAUCACUACCCAUUAUAACGGAUAAAAUAACUUAUGUUGUGUCAAUGUUAUAUAUUCACCAUUCGUAUGUUCAUCUAUUCUCCUAUUCCAGUAUAAUAAAAUAGUAGGGGCGUGCAAAAAAUUAAAACAAAUUAGUAGAGGUGCUCCGUUCCCCUGCGCAUCCCCCCACCAAUACGAGCAUCGUAUAACGAUAUAUAUAACAAUACAUUAAAUUUGUGUAGGUGUAUUUAAAAAGAAAAAUCGUGUAAUUAAUAAUAGUUUUUAAAAAUUAGCCGUAUUUUCCUUCCCCUCACGAUAAAAUUAUUUGACCGCCAUUGAUUGAUGUCAUUGCGUGCGAUUUCAUCGGUUUAUAAUAAAUUAUACACUGUAUUAUAAUUUACAAAACAAAUUCUAUGUAUCUAUACUUGUUGAAAUUAACGCACUAUACCUAUAAAAUAUCAAUAGUUACGGAGCAUUGUGUCUGUAGCAGAAAGGAAAGCAAGGAUAACACGUUAAGUUCGAUGAACUAAACACUAACUGAUACAAACCAAUUAGCAAAAUCAUUGAAAAAAGACGUCCUAGGAUAAUAGGGAUUGGUGCAACUAUUGGUAUAGAUAAUUUAAUGUAUACCUUCAAGCAAAAAUAAACCAUUGCUUACGAAAAAACGAUUCUGAGUGGAGUUCAGUUGAUAGUGAUGAUUUGUCAAUAAUAUAUAUUUCAUUUUAUAGUAAAAUAAUUAAAUAGGCUUUAUAUAUUUUCUUUUAUAAUAUUUAUUUAAUGUUGUAGCGAUUUUCCCAGUUUCCUGCGUUUUUCCAAGUUUUUCACAUUUGCUGGAAAAAUCGAAAAAUUACCUCUUUAAAGUACCUCGCUAGUGAAAUUUUCUUUAGGAAACGUUGAUAUCAUUAAAUGUUGGAGCCAAAUUGCUGGUAAAAAAGUUGUUUACAGGAAAAAAAAAUUGUAAUAUUUUAUAUUUAAUAAUUCGUAAAUUUUCCUUCUUAAAGUACUUCCUUAUGCCGAUUUUCUUUCAGAAAAGGUGCUACAUAUAGAAAUCCUUACGUAGUAAGUCUUCUGGUAGAAAAGUUGCGCAUGGAUAAAAAAAAAACAUCUUUGUAAAACUAUAAGCUUAUUCGCUCCACUCAGAAUCUAAAAAUGUGUGCAUUUAAAAAAAGAAAAACUAAUAAACAAAUCACGCAUAAUAUUGUUAGUAAAGUAUAUAUUUCAAUCAAUUCGUAAAGUUAUUGAACUAUAAUAAUAUGUUAUUAAAUUAACAUUCUUAUAUUUAAUUUA